AUGUCAUUCUUCGGUUUACCCCAACACGAUUUAGAGUACGAAAAACUACGUUUUGGUCAUGGUCCGCUGCGCGAACCGGACGGUGUCGCAGUCUACACUUGGGGAGAGGAGAGUUACGACGGUUUGGGUGAUGCCCUCCAGGAGGGAGGCGAUGAUCUAAAUGACGAAACUUUUGGCGCUGUGGGUUCUAUCGGCAAAGACUUCGACUUCUCUGCCUCAGCAUUGCCUGAAGACGAUUUCCUGUCAAAAUCAAUCCCUCCUUCUACAUCGAUAAAGGGGCAGCUAUCACGGAACGAAGUAACCCAAUCCCCUCCACCAACUCAACUUCCCCGCUCCACCUCUCAUUCUCUUGAAGCGAUAUGGGACGACAAGUCUCCGUUCUCUGUUCUUCCGCGAGCUAACGGCGCCAACCGCAUGUCAGAGCAUCAGCGGAAUUCACCAGCCCCAUCCCCUCCCAGAUUUUCACCUUUCGGCGCUGGUACAUCUCCUUUAAUAAGCCACCAACACCCCAUCGGACAUGGCGUUGGUCACAAUCAGCAAAGGGCUCGUACCUUACAGGAGAUAGAAGCAGAAAUGCUCGCCGCUGUGCAAGAAUCCCGCCAACGAGAGCUCUUGAUGCUUCAACAGCGAAAGCUACUAGAGGAGGAACAGCACAUGCGGCUUUUGCAGGAACAAGAGCGCCAGAAACGUCUUUUUCAGGAGCAGCAGCUCCAACGCCUUCUUCAACACCAGCAGGAGCGAACUCCCCCCCCACGCAUGAUGCCCGUGUCCCAGUCUCCCAGGUUUCUGGAACAUCCCCGACAAAUUUUAUUGUUGCAACACCAACAAGAGCAGCAGCAGCAGCAACGCUUACAAGACCUUCAAGAGCAGCUGCGACUUGAGGAGCUUGAGCGGCGGAUGAUUGCCCAGAUGACCUUGCAGCAAACCCAGAAUGGAAAUCAAAACAAUCUUCAUCGACAAGCUUCCAAUUUAUCGUUCGCUGAGAUUCAAGCCGCUCAAGCUUUCCAUCAACAGCAACGUCGCCAACGUUCACGUUCACCGGCCAUUGGAAAUCAUCAGAUUUUGCAAGAAAGUGUGCAGCAUCAUGCUAACAAGGUCCAACUUCAGCAACGCCUCCUUUCGGAGAUGGCCCAAGCCGAAUUUUCUGGAGAUUUUCAGGCUGUCUCUCAGGCAGAUCAAGAGGCUUUGCGGGCCGAGGCGAUGCGCAAAAUUGUCGAGGCGGAGAAGAUGGAAGAGAAGCGAAGAAAAAAAGCGCGAUAUAACGAUCUUAUGACCCAGUCCGACAAGGACUUCAUUACGAGAAUUCAGGUCUCUCAACUCGUCACUCAAGAUCCGUAUGCCGACGAUUUUUAUGCCCAAGUCUAUGGCGCAAUCUUGCGUUCUAGACUGGGCUUGCAAUCACAGGAUGAACGGGUUAUCAAGUUUGGUUCGGGCGGCGGAGUCGGUUUGGGACUGGCACAAAAGGGCGGCAACAGGAGACCAAGCGCAAUGCAACGAAUGGAGCAACAGGUUGAACGUAUUGUCAGCAAUGCGAGAAAAAGGGAAGAGGAAAAGGGAUUGCAUUCCAUUCACAGUUUGCAAGGUGCUCUUGGCAAGACCUCGGGACGCAGUUACAAAGCUGCGCCUCGCCAGCUUCUCCAAGUUGAUGCUGGCAAUGCAAGCCCGUCGCCAACCUUGUCGCCUGCCCACAUUCAUAUAUCAAAAGUUUCUGUUUACCAUGAGGGGGCAGCCAAAGAGGCAGCCAAACUUGGUCGUGAGGCUCUGGGCAACGCUGCGGAUACGCACAACUUAGUUCGACAAGACCCUCUGUCUCAAAGACAGGUUUUGACCAUCCUCGAAAAGCUUUAUGAUUUGAUUUUGAGUGUUGAGCAAUUAAGGAGGGAUCAACCGCUUCCAGAGGAAGACGAAGAAGUGUUCCUUCAAUGGAAAACAGAAUAUGACGGUCUUGUCGAUCAGGUGUGGGAGGAGCUAAGGGUGAUGAUUCCUUUGGAGACGAGUGAUCCCCACCCCUUCAUUUCUCUGUUGUAUCCCACAAAAGGGAAAAAGAUUCUGCCGCGUCUCACUCGCCAUUUGAGCAGUGCGCGGAUGCUUACAUUGUUGACUCUUCUGGUCGCUUGUUUCCAUCAACUGGAUGUUGUCAAUCAGGCUCCCGUACUGGAUUCUCUCGUGGACUCUACCGAACGCGUCGAUGCUGAGCGACAGACACAGGCAUUUUUGGGCAGUGUCAUGCAAAGCAUUCUUCCAGUAGUGUCAGUCGCGAAUUUGCGCCUUGCAACUGGUCUGCUUGGCUUGCUUCUUGAUCGUAGCGACAUUGCUGCGGUUGCACAGACAAGGCCUGGAUUAGCUCUGUUGACGCUGUUUCUUAGUCGCGUGGAGGUGAUAAAACAGAUGGCUGCCACCGCUCCUGAUAUGUCUGAGAUUCCAUCCACUGAGGAGAGCCAACAAUGGAAACUUAUGUUUGAUCAUCUAUUCCAACUCCUUGCACCUCAUCUUUUGCUUCUCUUCCCAUCAACACGCAUCGCACAAACUAGUAUUUCUGGGCAUCCCGAUCUUCCAAAUCCAACAGACAUUGCUGACCAACCUGUUUGGCAAUUCCUUGCCGCACUGGCUCUGCACGCCGCUGUCGAGCAACACCAGGUUUUGGUUACCGUUCUACGCGAAAAAGUCCUUGAUAAUGUUCUUAGUGUGAAUAAGGGCUGGGUUGCCGACGAGAACGAACGGCAGACAAAGUUGGCGAAUGUAAAUUUGUUCCUACAUGCACUUGGCCUAGAUAGUUCUCAGAUUGUUAUGUAA